GUAAAUAUGUGGGCUUGAUGCGAAAUAGAAUUUAUUUUUUCUUGUGAAACAUGGAUAAUACGGAAUUGCUGUUUUUUGAUACAUUCUCUCACGAUAUAUCAGAAGAGCUAAAUUUGGACUUAGUUCAGUUCCCUAAGCCAGUGUAUAUAAGUGAAAUAAGAAUAAUUCCUCUAGGAGCUAGAGUACAAGCUGAUUUCCCUGGUGGAGUUCGCCUUGGGGCAACUAAUCCAUCACAAUUUGAAAUAGAAUUUUUCGUUAAUGAUUUGAGUAAGCCAGGAGCUUCAACAUUUGAAUCCCUUGGUGGACUAGAAUACAAACAAAAUGUUCACAUUCAACUAGAGUGUGAUAGAAAACAUUUGCCAACAGAUGGUUUGGUUCUAAGAGGAUGGUACACAACAAUAACUUUGGCUGUAUAUGGAUCUUUAACAAAAUCUCUUAGUACUCCGCCAGAAAUUCCAGCUCCAGCACCUGCUCCAACAGCUCCUGUUCCAGUACCACAAGAGGAGGUACCAGUCAAUAUUAGUCGAACUUCUGAUCAAGAGCAAGAGUGGUAUUAUGAAAAUAAAGGACACACUAAUGCACAAAAAUCACAGGAAACGAGUGCAGUACCAACUCCAUCUCCACCAGUUCAUGCCGAACCUACGAGAACUUCAUCAGCUGAGCCACCAAAAUCAGAAUCUCAACAAUGGAAAGAAGGAUCACCCCACUCACAUAAAAGUGCAAAGCGGCCCACAACUCCACCUACAGAAUCCUUGGUUUCACUCAGUCCUGAAUCGAUUUCUGCAGAAGAAGAAGAAGGAGAAAGAGAAGAGACUGAAGAACAAGGUGCAAUAGAGCCGUUUGAGCCAAUUCUAUCAGAUGAAGACGUUAUGGCAGAUGAUGAACCACCUCCUGUAGAUAUAGAAUAUGAAGCAAUUGAUGCAGAUGAACUUUAUGGUAUUCACCCUCCAGAUCUAUUAGAAAUAGAAAAACAAGAACAAUCGUUUGAAGAGAAAAUUGAUGAAAAUGUUGUACAAAAACUGAAAGAUGUGAUCGGCUUAUUGUCAAAGUCUGUCUCAAAUUUUAAUAGUGCCACUGGACAAGAGAAAGAGAUGUUUGUUCACAAUUGUGAAAACUUGUGUGCAACUUUAAAAAACUUUGUAACAGAUUCGAAAGACUUGAAAAACUUGUCAAACAUUGUUGAAGCAGGAUUAAAUGUUGAAUUCGCAUGUACACAACCGCAGCCAGCAUAUAAAGUGCGUCACGUGAAAGUUGGCGUGAGAUUAGCCGAAGCUCUGUGUCGUCUGUCGUCGGGACCAGAGACCGUUUUGGAAGUAAAAGCGCCUGAAAAAUUAUUGUCGCUGUGCAUGCGUGAAAACGUAGCUUUGCCUGUGAAAUUAGCAGCCAUCAGAGCUGUGGACGCUGCACUUAUCAGUCCGAAGAUUGUAGAAGAAUUUUUAAAAACGGAAAAUGAACUGUACAAACUGUGUCUGAUGAUGCUCGACUCUACAAAGCUUGCUAGAUUGAAGUAUGCUCUAAGUUCGUUGCUAAGGAAGAUACAUAUUUAUGAAUGCUUGUCGGAGAUAAAGGAUUUAACCGAAGUCGUAGUUGUGGAAUUAAUGAAAGCGUACACUUAUGCGCCCACGUUAAUGGCUCAACCGAAACGUCAAUUACCCGCUAGUGCUCAGAUGGAAAUUGAAAGGGAACAGAAUCGCAAUCCGCGUAAGCAUUUGAUUGCUUACUUUGACCAUUGGAAACUCGCAAAUCGUUUGCUCGUAGCUUUAUGUUCACCUGAAUCCGACAUUAAUUUAAUCAAAGCAUGUCGUGAGUUUGUGGCACUUCUUGCUGACACGAAAGAAGGUUUGCUAUAUUUGCUGAAGGAGGCAGAAAUUACAAAAUUAUUACUGGAAGCUCUUAAUUACAAGGAGAACGGGAUUGGAAACGAUAUCGCUUGGCGUCUACAAGUCGUUCAGUGCUUGAUGAGAAUAACAAAUCAAAUGGAUGACUGGACAUCAAUUCGAAAAUUGCACUCUUUCCUUAUUUUUCCUGAAGGAUUGCAAGCAAUUAUCGACGUGGUUCCCUUGGGUACCUUUAUUGAUGUACUGAUUCCCUGCCUCGCCAAUAGCGACAUUGCUGAUUUCGCUGCUGAAAUUAUAGCAACGUGCAUUCGUUACUCUAGCGAAGUGGAUAUUUUCCAAACCCGCGCGUCUAAUUUAUUAGAUAAAUACUCAAGCAAUACAGUAUUACGCGAUGUGAUUCCGCAUUUGAACAUUGCUUCUCAGAGUUCCAACUGGAAUUACGGUGACGUUUCGUCGCUUGUUAGUAUUCUCAGAAGAAAUACUGAUGUGGCUUCGACUCUUCCAGGUGAACUGACAACGGUUUGUCGUAUUUUACAUUAUCUGGUGCUUCCACCCCACGAUGACGUAGAUCCCAUGGAACCGUACGUUGAAUUGAAGCAUCGAAAUGCUCUAACGAAUUUAUUUGCCGCCGGUGGUCUAACAGCUCUAGUUGGAAUUAUGACUCAUAUCAGUCAAUUUUAUGAGCAACCUUUGCUUCAUCGUGCUUCACUUACCGGACGGAGACGUUUGUCUCUGAUCGCCUUGCUCACGCCGUGUGUAAGAUUGACUCGGGCGAUCCUAGAACGAUUGGUAAAAUGCAUGGCAACCGACUUCAAAGACUUGACUGCAGUGGUUCCAUUGCUUGGAGUUUAUUGUCUCAUUGAAUCAAUGCCUCAGAGCAAUUCCAAAUGUAUGCUAUCGAACGAGAUUGUCGAAACGCUUUUGGUGUUCACUCGAGCAGUCGAUUCCGACGGUUCUGGCAAUGUAGCAAAGUCAUUGUGGACGCAAAUGCUUGGAGAAGUGUUGAAGAUGGUCUCCUCUCAUCCAUUUAACUUUGCUCCAGGCUUGAAGCUACUCACAAAACUGUUGCCGCCUAUCCUGACAUCCAAGGAAGCCAGCUCUCAAGAUAAAGCCCGCGUACUGGGUUUUAGAAAGCUCUGGUCGGCGCAUCUGCAAGCUCAGGCAAGUAGCCUCACGGAAACUCUAAGGUUAUUGUGUGCCAGUUGGAAUACAGAAUUGCUGUCGCUAGUCUCAAACGUAUGCAAGCAGUUGAGUGACUUGGCUGCACCUACGGCACUGCUCGUUGGUCGUUGUCUGUUGGACGGCAUACUCACUGCCAGUCCGCUAGAGAACCAUUUGCCGAUACUGGUCUUACUCACCGAUUUGACAAGGCAUGCACCUAUGAAAGCGACUCUCUUGACUCUUACAAAUCCUGCGUCUCGAGCACAAGUAAAAUCUGAUCAGAAAUAUCCUCCAGUUAUUGAAAUGAUGUGCACGGCUUUGAGAAAUACUAACGAUGUUAACGUCCAAAGAGAGCUCGUUGAUAUUUUUGAAACACUUUGCGACUACAGGCUCUGCUUAGUUCAAGAGAGCCCGGAGUCAUUGGAUAAGCAACUGGCUCAUUCAGUUCCCAGCAAAGAACCUUUGGUUGUGAUUAUCGCAGCCUUAAUUGACAUUCUCGCGAGUGCAUCCAAGUAUUCCAUGGAUAUUGUGGAGACUGCCUUGAAUAUACUCUUGUCUUUAACUACUCACAAUUACGGGCUUUAUCACGUGAAAAGUUGUUUGGAAAAUAAUCCAGAUGCUUUGAGAAACCUUCUUGAUUACGUUGCGGAAACUAUAUCUGAAAAAGAAGACCAAGAAAAGAAUGAAUCUUUACCAAAACUCGUAGUGGAUUUUCUCGGCAGUUUGAUUUUCUGCAAGACCCCUGAGAGAACAUUAUCUCUGCGAGUUCCUCAACUGUCAACGCUCUUAUCUUGGGAAAAAGAAAAUCAUCCAUUGCUAAAAAUCACUCAAGCUGCAGAGCUAGUAGAGUCUCUGCAUGUUGUCGAAGAUAAAGAAGAAAAAGAACCAAUUCCAGAAAUGCUUGAGCCUUUACUUUUACCACCCGAGGCUUUAUUAAAUCAAUUUACUCAACGGUCUAUAGCACCACCGAUUAUCAACGAUAAAGAAAAAUUUAAGAAAUCGCUUUUGGAAAUACAAAAUGACAAUCCUGUAGAUCUACUAGCAUUAUCUGCUGAACUUUUGCCGGCAGACUUCAAUCUGCUGGCAGAAGCUCAGAGAAUAUGUUCAAAGGUGCCUCUUGAUUUUACAAUGCAUACAAAGGAACAAGAUGAAAAUCAAGAUAGGAAAAUUCAGAAACAAACAACCGUCCUUACUACUAAAACGAAACAACCUUUCGUCGCACCUAUGCGUGGUAGAAGCCAGUAUUCUAACUCUAUGCGUAGUAAUUCAGUCAGUGGUGUAGGUAGAGGCGCUGACCCAUUCCGUUCGCGGCCACCAAAUACUUCGAGACCUCCGUCCCUACAUGUGGACGACUUUGUGGCAUUAGAAACUUGUGGAGCACAGCCGACUGGGCCCACAGGCUAUAAUAAAUUGAGUAUCAGGGGCUCCAGCCAGUCGAGAGGUGUAAUUGCAAGUUCAAGAAGCCGGCCGUGGGCUCCUGAGACGAGACCAUCGUACAUGCGUUAAUGAAAUCGUAACAGCUGAUUUAAGUA